CGACGGCCGGGGCAGGGGCGCUGCUGCUGCGGGGGGCAGGCGGCGGCGGCGGCGGGCCGCACCAGCCAUGCCGAAUAAAAACAAGAAGGAGAAAGAAUCACCAAAAGCAGGGAAAAGUGGAAAAAGUUCCAAAGAAGGACAAGACAUAUUAGAAUCAGAGAUUUCCAGCAGGAAAAACAGCCUUGUUGCUGCCCCGUCUGCAGUAUCUAGUAAAAUUAAAGUGCCAGCCCCUCAGCCCAUAGUGAAGAAAGACAAACGGCAAAAUUCUUGCAGAUUUAGCGCCAGCAAUAAUAGAGAACUUCAAAAACUACCAUCUUUAAAAGAUGUUCCUCCUGCUGAUCAAGAGAAGCUUUUUAUCCAGAAGUUACGUCAGUGUUGUGUCCUCUUUGACUUUGUUUCCGAUCCACUAAGUGACCUAAAGUGGAAGGAAGUAAAACGAGCUGCUUUAAGUGAAAUGGUAGAAUAUAUCACCCAUAAUCGGAAUGUGAUCACGGAGCCUAUUUACCCAGAAGUAGUCCAUAUGUUUGCAGUUAACAUGUUUCGAACAUUACCACCCUCCUCCAACCCUACGGGAGCAGAAUUUGACCCAGAGGAAGACGAGCCGACAUUAGAAGCAGCCUGGCCUCACCUACAGCUUGUUUAUGAGUUUUUCUUAAGAUUUUUAGAGUCUCCAGAUUUCCAGCCUAAUAUAGCGAAGAAAUAUAUUGAUCAGAAGUUUGUAUUGCAGCUUUUAGAGCUCUUUGACAGUGAAGAUCCUCGCGAGAGAGAUUUUCUUAAAACUACCCUUCACAGAAUCUAUGGAAAAUUCUUAGGCUUAAGAGCUUACAUCAGAAAACAGAUAAAUAAUAUAUUUUAUAGAUUUAUUUAUGAAACAGAGCAUCACAAUGGCAUAGCAGAAUUACUGGAAAUAUUGGGAAGUAUAAUUAAUGGAUUUGCCUUACCACUAAAAGAAGAGCACAAGAUUUUCUUAUUGAAGGUGUUAUUACCUUUGCACAAAGUGAAGUCUCUGAGCGUCUAUCAUCCUCAGCUGGCGUACUGUGUAGUGCAGUUCUUAGAAAAGGACAGCACCCUCACUGAACCGGUGGUAAUGGCUCUCCUCAAGUACUGGCCGAAGACUCACAGUCCAAAAGAAGUCAUGUUCUUAAAUGAAUUAGAAGAGAUUCUAGACGUCAUUGAACCGUCAGAGUUUGUGAAGGUCAUGGAGCCUCUCUUCCGGCAGUUAGCCAAGUGUGUCUCCAGCCCCCACUUCCAGGUGGCAGAGCGAGCGCUGUAUUACUGGAACAACGAAUACAUCAUGAGUCUGAUCAGUGACAAUGCAGCGAAGAUCCUGCCCAUCAUGUUUCCAUCCUUAUACCGCAACUCAAAGACCCACUGGAACAAGACAAUACACGGCUUGAUAUACAACGCGCUGAAACUCUUCAUGGAGAUGAACCAAAAACUCUUUGAUGACUGCACCCAGCAAUUUAAAGCAGAGAAACUGAAAGAGAAGCUAAAAAUGAAAGAACGAGAAGAAGCGUGGGUUAAAAUAGAGAACCUAGCCAAAGCAAACCCCCAGGUACUAAAAAAGAGAGUAACGUGAAAACGUCUAGGGUGUAACUUGAAUGUUUUUACAAGAUAGGAAUGUGGCUUCAUCGUGGGAGGGAAGGGAAAUCAAUUUCACUAACAUUGUAUGUGAAAAUGUCUGCAAUAAAAAUACUUUUCAACUUU